UCUCGGCCUCGGAAGCCCUGAGGGAACGGAGCCCCCCUUCUCCCCACCCCCGAACCCGGGAAAGGGGCGGGGCGACUGGGUGGGGGAGGGUCGGCCGUGACCGAAGGCAACCUCGGAGAUAGUUUCCCCCGUCGGGGCUGCGCUGAAACCGGAGACCGAAUGGAGGCUCGGAGGUCUCCCCUUCAGGCGGGGAGCGGCCUCCCAGAGGAGCUCCGCAGCCCCGAGGCUGAGCGCUGGCGCUUCCGCAGCUGCGUCUCCCGGGAGGCGGAGGGGCCCCGGGCGCUUUGCAGCCGCCUGUACGGGCUGUGCCGGGGGUGGCUGCGGCCCGAGCGGAGCAGCAAAGCCGAGAUGCUGGACCUGGUGGUGCUGGAGCAGCUGCUGGCCCUGCUGCCCCCGGAGCUGGCGGGCUGGCUGAGGGAGUGCGGGGCGGAGAGCUGCGCCCAGGCGGUGGCCCUGGCCGAAGGCUGCCUCCUCGGCCCCGCAGCCGCCCAGGAAAAGCUGGCAAAGGGCCGGCAGGUGCAGGAGCCAUUCAUUGAGGAGAUCUCAGCAGAGCUCCAGGGAAGAGGAGAUCCAUCCAAUGAUUCUAAAGACCACCUUUUCAGGAGGAUCCAACUGGGGCCACCUUGCCAGGACUCUGAUCCCUUUGAGGAGGUGGCUGUUGACUUCACAGAGGAGGAGUGGGCACUGCUGGAUUCUAGCCAGAAGGCCUUGUGCAGAGAAGUCAUGCUGGAGGUUACUAUGAAUAUGGCUGCUCUGGGUGAUGGUGAUGGGCUGGAGAAUGAGAAGCAGCUGAGAUUAUUUAAACUACAAAGGGCAGUGUCUUCAAAGAGCCAAAGCGACUUCUGUACAAGACAUAAUCUGACUCCCCAUCAGAGGAUCCACUCAAGCGAAAAAACAAAUAGUUGUGUGGAGUCUGGAAAGAGAUUCACUGAGAGUAGUGAUAUUACUUGCCAUCAAAGGAUUGACACAGAGGACAGACCAUAUCAAUGCCUGGAGUGUGGAAAGAGCUUUAUUGAGAAAUGGCGCCUUACUUUCCACCUAAGGAUGCACAUGGCGGAAAGACCGUAUAAAUGCAUGGAGUGUGGAAAAAGCUUUCCUCAGAACUCAGAACUUAUUUGUCAUCAGAGAAUCCACACUGGGGAGAGACCAUAUAAAUGCAUGGAGUGUGGAAAAAGCUUCACUCACAAAGGAACACUUAAUUCUCACAAAGGGAUCCACAUGCGAGAGAGACCAUAUAAAUGCCUAGAGUGUGGAAAGAGCUUUUGUCAGAACUCAGAACUUAUUCAUCAUCAGAGAAUCCACACUGGGGAGAAACCAUAUAAAUGCAUGGAGUGUGGAAAAAGCUUUGCUCGGAAAGGACAUCUUAAUGUUCAUGAAAGGAUUCAUACUGGGGAGAGACCUUAUAAAUGUAUACAAUGUGGAAAAGCGUUUACUCAGAAAAAUAGUCUUAUUAUUCAUGAAAGAAUCCAUACAGGGGAGAAACUUCAAUGUCCAGAAUGUGGAAAGUGUUUUGCUCAGAAAGGACAACUUAAAUUCCAUGAGAAAAUCCACAGGGCAGAAAUGCUUGGAGUGUGGAAAAAGCUUUAACUUGAGCAAAGAUCUUAUUUGUCAUGAAAGGACCCACACUGGGGAGCGACUAUAUAAGUGCAUGGAAUGUGGAAAGCAAUGUACUUGGAAAAAUUAUCUUAUUAAUCAUGAAAGAGACCAUAUAAAUGCACAGAAUGUGGAAAA